AUGGUGUGCGAGGAUAAGCCGGUCGGACCGCCGCCGGCUGGAUGUGACCGUGGCGGCCGCCGGGGCAAGAAGAAAGGACAUUCUAUCGGCUCAUCCCCUGUUUACCAGACUAAGGAAACAUGUGUCUAUGAAGAUUGUGGUUUAAACAAAUUCCAAACAGAUUCUGCGACUGUUCUAAAAGUUCUUCCUUCAAACAUUUAG